AUGAACGAGCACUCCAUCUGGAUCCUGUCGGUCUUCAUGACGAUCUUCUUCGUCUGGUGGCUGGUCAACACCAUCCAAGUGGCCUUGUACCUGAAGCAGCGCGACAAUGAGGAGCGCGAUGCCAUCGACUACUACCUGAACAUUGACGGGACCAUCCGUCGGAUUUCUCGCGUCUCGGCCAACUCCGAGUCGGGAGAGAUGAGCUGCGCCGAGUAUGUGCACGAAAUCGACCUGCUGAUGCACAAGGCCAAGCGCUUCUACGGGCUGUGCUUCGGCAUGUCGGACUAUGCGGCCAUCGAGCCGGAGCGCACUUGGACCAAGACCCUUCCUCUUUUUGCCGCGGCCCCGCCGGUGGCCCACCGGGUGACCCCCUCCUUGUCCAGCCUCGCCGUGGGUGGCGGCGCGGCUGCCUUGCUGCAGAUCGCCAACCCGCUGGUCUCGGCGGCGGUGUCCAUGCAUCAGGGCGGUGAGUUUGACCGGGAGCCCGGCCGGCGCCAGAGCAUCAGCUCGGCGGCCCCGAACGCCAAGGCGCUCUACGAUCCGACUGCCCGAUUCCAGAACACCUUCAACUACCUAUUCCGCACCAUCUACGGGACCUUCGCUGAGGCCGAGCGCUCGGCCCGGCGCAUUUUUGCCAUCCAUUCACGUGCGGCCGGCAAGCUCCGCCACGAGGAUGUCACCCCCGAGCUGGGGGAUCUGUACGAGCCCGUGCGCAUGUCCCCCGCUGAGGAGGCCGCCGCGGCGAAUCCCCCCCCCUCGAUGCACCCGCAGGCCACCACCCGGGUGCCGUACCAUGAGGGUCAGCGCUUCCUGGCCACCCAGUCGUCGGCCCUCUACUGGGUGGCUGCCGUCCUGCAGUACAUCUCCAUCAUCGCGGCCGAGUUGUGGCGUGUGGUCCCUUUCGUUCGAGUGUAA